AGCUGAUCCGUGUUGUUUUGUAGUAUCGUCUGCUGUUAUCCCUCAAAAUUGUCUUUAUAUUUUGUGAUUAUUUACUGUUAUGUAGCUUUACAUUGUAAGAUCUACAGCAGUCGUACAGGGGCGGUGUUGCACAUGCCUAUGGGAGGUGGUGGAAGCUGCGAGCAACGUGAGAAAACUGGCUACAGUCAAGUGGUUAGCAUGUUAAUCUGCCAUAGGCACCACCAGACCAAGUGGAAUGACCUGAAUGGGAAAAUGAUCAACUGACUAUAGAAUUGAGCUCUCUGUAGGAAAUUACCAUAGCAUAGCUCCUGUUAUGGCUGGACUUGAUGACUACCAGUUUUUCUCAAACCUGCGUGAGAGAGAUACUCCAUUCUGGCAAAAGUCAUAUGAAGAUAGAGAUAAGCCAAUGGAUACAACGGACUUCUACCGUCGGCCAACGGAGUUUCCUCAGAACCUGCUGAACCCAGCACACAGUUCCCCACAAACUAUGAAACCUGUUAUGCUAAAACCACUAGAUCCUGAUGUGGACAAAGGCAAUGAUAUUCAAAUGGAGAAGUAUGGAGAAUUAUCCAUCAACUUAGUCAGCCUGUGUGCUGAAAAUCUUCUUAGUCAUCCCUUUAUUGUGGUCAAAAGGCAGUGCCAGGUGAAUGUUGAUAGCCAGCGUUACCAUGUCUUGCCAAUAACACUUGUGCCAGCCCUCAUACACAUGCAGGGAUGCCAAGGAUUCUCUGCAUUUUGGAAAGGGCUUGGAUCAGUGCUCACAGUUAGAGGGGUAACCAUGGCCCUAGAGGAUUUCAUUUCAAAAUUUACACCAUGGCCAAAAGAGAUCUCCCCGCACAGUUCUCCAAAGACUAUAGGACAGCAUUUAAUCUUGAAGUGCUCUGCUCUGGCUCUUAUUACUCCUUUCUAUAGUGCCAGCCUUGUAGAAACAGUUCAGAGUGAGAUAGCCAGUGAACGACCAGGUGUCCUGGAUGUGUUUAAGGAGGGACUAACACGUCUUCUCUCUUUCACACAGCCACAAACAGGGCGUAUGCUUCCAGUCUGGUUACUGAUAGUUCCGACAGUAUCUCAUGGUAUUCUACAGUACCUUAUUGGUAAUGCAGUGUCAACCAUUACAUCUCAAAUAUUAAGACGCUAUCAUAGACAAGAUCAACAAAAACAGGGGGCUGUUAGUAAGGAUUCGGGUUCCUUUUUAGAUGCCUCUGUCCGACUCCAAUCCGCAUUUAUAGGUCAUCUUGUAUCCGAUGUUGUGCUGUAUCCACUGGAAACUAUUCUACAUAGACUCCACAUGCAAGGUACUCGCACAAUUGUCGAUAGUUUGGAUGUAGGAUAUGAAGUGAAACCAAUACUCACACGCUAUGAAGGCUUCUUUGAUUGUCUCCAUACUACAGUUCAAGAGGAGGGAGUUUUGGGCCUCUUUAAGGGAUUUGGAGCUCUUUGUAUACAAUAUGCUCUUUAUGGAGCUGUGUUGAAGUUUGCUCAGGUUAUCAUCCGGGAGGUAACACUUGCUCUUGUCCCUCCUAAGCCUAAACCUAAGACACAGGAUUUGGUUGCCCCACUGACACCCAGUGCUCCUUACACCCCCAUCUCUGCAAUACAUCCUGGAAUUGCCAGUUUACAUUCAUCCCCCCUAAACUCGUCCCGCCAUGGGUCACCAAGAUCAGGGCCAUAUAGCAAUCCUACUCCAGCUGGAGGAUCAAGAGGGUCAUCCAUCUAUGCAUCACCAGGACGCAGACUCCAGGAGGUGGACUUAAGAGCUGAAAUGGAAAGGCACAAAAUUAAUCUCAGCCUUGAUGAUUGAUUUCAACUGUAAUUGAUAAAACUGGUAGAUUUUACUAUUAUGUAAAGAUAUUUUAUAUUGAAGAUGGUGUCAUAUUCA